UGUAAAAUGAACUUCGACCGUCACUUGACAAACCAAUUGUGUAAUCGAGUUCUGCUCAAUACUUGACAUUAUUUGUAAUAUGGAACUAUUUAAACAAGUAAACUUCAAUGUUUUACUUUUAUUUAUAUUCUUGCCACAUGGAUUUACAAAGGAUGUUGGUUAUUUCUGGCACGUGACUGACUUUCACUAUGACGCUAACUACAGCGCGGCUGGUGACCCGACAAACAUGUGUCACCAAGGGAACGGUUCCCAUGACAACGUUGGUACCUAUGGAAACUACAUGUGUGACUCGCCAUGGAACCUCAUCACAUCUGCCAUUCAGGCGAUGUACAAAAUAAAACCUGAUCCGGACUUCAUAAUUUGGACGGGAGAUAGCGUUCCCCAUGUGGACGACAGUGACCUCGACCCGGAUAAGGUGUACAUGUUGAUUGGCAACGUAACAAAUGAGCUGGUGUCGGUUUUUCCCAACACAACGCUGUACCCGGUGCUAGGCAACCACGAUCCGUACCCAGCCAAUCAAAUGCCGUAUGAUACAGACAAUACCGCAUACUACAAGGGUAUCUUGGAAAAGAGUCACUGGAAUUCGGUUCUUGGAGUGAAUGAAAGCAGGCAUUUUCACAAUGGCGGCUAUUACAGCUCCAAAAUCUCUGAGAAACUGCGGUUAAUAGGACUUAACACGAACCUAUACUACGACCAGGACCGACUCACUAAGGACCUGCCGGACCCGGCGCAGCAGAUGGACUUCCUGGAUAAACAACUACAGGAGGCGCGCAAACACAACCAGAUGGUAUACAUAAUAGCGCACGUUCCACCUGGCGUCUUUGAGUUAGGGAGCGGAUUGACCUGGUUCUACCCCAAGUAUAACAAACAGUACCUCGAGAAACUCGAGGAAUUUGCUGACAUCAUCACCCUCCAAUUGUACGGACACGAACACACGGACAGCUUCCGGGUGCAGUUUGACGCUGAAGGGAAGCCAAUAAGCAUGAUGCUGCUGGCCCCCGCAGUGACCCCCUGGAAGAGCACACUCCCGGGGGUAGGAGCAAACAACCCAUCUAUCCGGCUGUUCAAGUACGACCGGGAAAAUGGGGUGGCCCAGAACUAUGUGCAGUACUACCUUAACCUCACUGCAGCCAAUAUAAAAGGCACUGGUGACGACUGGCAAAAAGAAUACGAUACAUCAGACGUGUAUGCCUUAGAUGAGCUACGCCCCGCCAAGUUACAUGAGCUUGCCCGCGCGUUCACCGAUCGCAGUAACAAGCUGUUUCAACACUACCUUCAAUACAACAGCGUUCUUUGGGCGGGAAAUACCGAAUGCAACGAAACUUGCCAUUUACAUCAUCUCUGUGCAAUAACUCAGUUAGACUAUGACAAUUUCCGAACAUGUAUAUCAGGCGGCGUGACCACGCACCACCCCACCCAAACGACUCACCACCACCCCCACCGACCCACCCCUCAGCCCCAGGUGCCCACGUAUAUGUUUUACCUCAUAGGGGGUCUAGCUGCUGUUGUGUUCCUUCUCUUCCUAGUCGUGGCUUGUAUGUGUCUGAGAAAGGGGAGACGUCUAAGGGCGCCCCGGUAUGCCAAAUUUGGUUCCUUGUCCCUAAACAGCUGAGACUAUUACUUCACGCAAACCUUCAAGAAACCUAUUAAUGUGCGUUCUGUUUGCUUCAAUACAUAUGAAAAUUAUUUCAGCAAUCGCUUGUGCUUGUAUUUUUAUUCCUUUUGCAAUGCUUUCAUAAAUUGUUCGUUGUUUUUGUUUCAUACUCAUCAACUUACCGUUUUGUUAAAGCAAAAAUUGUUUCGACAAUAUUAUAUUUUAUCAUAUCGCGAUAUGUUAUAUCAUGUUUUAAACCAAAAUUUUACAACAUAAAUAUUUUUUCAUGGA